GCAGUAGUGUGGUAGUAUAACGAUCAAUAUGUCCCCCGGUGUAACCAUCUAUUUCUUCCCCCCUCUCCCCAGGCUCUCCAGGAAGAGGUUCCUAUCCCCGGGACAGACAUGGUGUUGAGCUACCUGAGCAGCAGGAGCCCAGGGUAUAAAUCCAUCCUGCGGGUGACCCUGACCCACUCCACCGUGCCCUUUAACCUGAUGAAGGUACACCUUAUGGUGGCGGUGGAGGGAAGACUGUUCAGGAAGUGGUUCCCUGCUGCUCCUAAUCUCAACUAUAACUUCGUCUGGGACAAGGCUGAUGUUUACAGUCAGAAGGUCUAUGGGCUGUCUGAGGCCUUCGUCUCAGUGGGUUAUGAAUAUGAGUCAUGUCCAGACCUGAUCCUCUGGGAGAAGAGAACAGCCGUCCUACAGGGAUAUGAGAUCACAGCUUCUAACCUAGGAGGCUGGGCCCUGGACAAACACCAUGCUCUCAACAUUCAGAGUGGUAUCCUGCACAUGGGGAACGGUGAGAACGUGUUCGUCUCCCAGCAGCCACCUGUGAUCAGCAGUGUGAUGGGUAACGGGCGACACCGUAGCAUCUCCUGCCCCAGCUGCAAUGGAAUGGCUGACGGCAACAAACUCCUGGCUCCCGUCGCGCUGGCGUGCGGCUCAGACGGCAGCCUGUACGUGGGAGACUUCAACUACGUACGACGUAUCUUCACCACGGGGAAUGUUACCAGCGUGCUGGAACUCAGAAACAAAGAUUUUAGGCACAGUAACAGCCCGGCCCAUAAGUACUACCUGGCCAGUAGUCCUGUGUCUGGAGCUGUUUACCUGUCAGACACCAGCACUAGGAAGGUGUUCAAGGUGAAAUCUCUGAGCGCCAUAAAAGAUGUGGCCAAGAACCUGGAGCUGGUAGCUGGGACUGGAGACCAGUGUCUGCCCUACGACGAGACACGGUGUGGAGAUGGGGGCAAGGCUGUGGAGGCUACGCUCACCAACCCACGAGGUAUCACAGUGGAUAAGUAUGGAGUGAUCUUCUUUGUGGACGGGACUAUGAUCAGACGAAUUGAUCAGAACAGGAUCAUCUCUACCCUGCUGGGGUUCAACGACCUUACCUCUGCACGACCUCUCAGCUGUGAUGCUGUCAUGGACAUCUCUCAGGUGCGUCUGGAGUGGCCCACAGACCUGGCUGUCAGUCCCAUGGAUAACUCUCUGUACGUCCUGGAUAACAAUGUGGUACUGCAGAUCUCUGAGAACCACCAGGUGCGUAUCGUGGCAGGGAGGCCCAUGCACUGCCAGGUACCCGGCCUGGAUCACUUCCUGGUCAGCAAGGUGGCCGUCCACGCCACCCUGGUGUCUGCCAACGCUCUCGCCGUCUCUCACAAUGGCAUCCUGUAUAUCUCUGAGUCAGACGAGAAGAAGAUCAACCGUGUCAGACAGGUGUCCACCAACGGAGAGAUUUCAUUGGUGGCCGGGGCGCCCAGCGGCUGUGACUGUAAUAACGACGCCAACUGUGACUGUUACUCCGGCGACGAUGGCUACGCGAAAGACGCCAAAGUCAACGCCCCGUCGUCAUUGGCUGUCUCCCCCGAUGGCGAACUCUUCAUCGCCGACCUCGGCAACAUCCGUAUCCGUUCCGUCCGACGGAACGAGCCUUACCUGAACCCACUCGGCAUGUACGAGGUCUCCUCCCCCAUUAGCGAUGAACUCUAUCUCUUUGACUCCAAUGGUAGUCACAUCUAUACUCAGAGUCUGACCACUGGGGAUGACCUCUAUAACCUGACCUACUCUGGAGAGGGAGACCUGGCCAGCAUCACCGAUCAGAACAACAACAUAGUGACCAUCAGGAGGGAUACAACGGGCAUGCCUCUGUGGUUGAUGGUGCCUGAUGGACGGACUUUCUGGUUCACCAUUGGGACCAACAACGCCCUGAAAACCAUCGCUGCUCAGGGGCAGGAGUUGGCUAUGAUGACCUAUCACGGGAGCUCCUCGUUACUGGCGACGAAGAGUAACAACAACGGAUGGACCACCUUCUAUGAGUAUGACAGCUAUGGCCGUCUGACCAACGUGACCUACCCUACUGGCCGGGUUAGCAGCUACCGUACGGACACAGACAGCUCCGUCAGGGUGCAGGCAGAGGGCUCCAGCAAGGAAGACAUCACCAUCACCAGCAACCUGUCUGCCUCGGGAACCUUCUACAUGCUGAUGCAGGACCAAGUGAAGAACAGUUACUACAUCGGUCUGGACGGCUCUCUGCGUCUGGUGCUGGCCAACGGUAUGGAGGUGUCCCUGCACACGGAGCCCCACCUGCUGGCCGGGACGGUCAACCCCACGGUCAGCAAGAGGAAUGUAACCCUGGCCAUCGACAACGGCCUCAACCUGGUAGAGUGGAGGCAGCGUAAGGAGCAGGCCCGAGGACAGGUGACCGUGUACGGACGACGACUCAGGGUCCACAACAGGAACCUCCUCUCCCUGGACUUUGACCGUAUCACACGUACAGAGAAGGUUUAUGACGACCACAGGAAGUUCACGUUAAGGAUCCACUACGACCACGCCGGACGCCCGACGCUCUGGGCCCCCAGCAGCCGCCUCAAUGGGGUCAACGUCACCUACUCCCCGGGCGGACACGUGUCCGGCAUCCAGCGGGGAACCAUGUCCGUACGCAUGGAGUACGAUCAGAACGGUCGAAUCACGUCGCAGAUCUUUGCCGACGGGAAGUCAUGGACCUACACUUACCUGGAGAAGUCCAUGGUCCUGCUCCUCCACAGCCAGCGUCAAUACAUCUUUGAGUUCGACAAGAACGACCGCCUCUCCUCUGUGACCAUGCCCAACGUGGCCCGCGUCACCCUGGAGACCACCCGCUCCGUUGGUUACUAUAGGAACACGUACCGCCCCUCGGAGGGGAACGCGUCGGUACUGCAGGACUACAGUGAAGACGGCCAGCUGAUGCAGACUAGCUACCUGGGCACGGGGCGCAGGGUGACCUAUAAGUACGGCAAGCUGGCCAAGCUACUGGAGAUGCUCUAUGAUACGACGCGAGUCGCGUUCACCUACGAUGAGGCAGCGGGGAUGCUGAAGGUGGUGAACCUGCAGACUGAAGGAAUCACCUGCACUAUAAGGUACCGUCAGAUCGGCCCACUCAUCGACAGGCAGAUCUUUAGGUUCAGCGAAGAGGGGAUGGUCAACGCACGUUUCGACUACGUCUACGACAACAGCUUCCGGGUCACCAGCAUGCAAGCGGUAAUCAACGAGACGCCUCUCCCCAUCGACCUGUAUCGCUACGAUGACGUGUCGGGGAAGACGGAGCAGUUUGGGAAAUUCGGGGUCAUCUACUACGACAUCAACCAGAUAAUCACCACGGCCGUGAUGACACACACCAAACACUUCGAUGCCUACGGCCGCGUGAAGGAAGUCCAGUACGAGAUCUUCAGGUCGCUCAUGUACUGGAUGAUGGUGCAGUAUGAUAACAUGGGACGCGUGGUCGCCAAGGAACUCAAGGUGGGUCCGUAUGCCAACACCACUCGGUAUACCUAUGAAUACGACGCUGAUGGGCAGCUCCAGGUAGUGUCCAUCAACGACAAGCCACUGUGGCGUUACAGCUACGACCUGAACGGUAACCUUCACCUGCUGAGCCCCGGGAACAGCGCCCGCCUCACGCCGCUACGUUACGACCUCCGAGACCGCAUCACCAGGCUGGGAGACCUCCAAUACCGCAUGGACGAGGACGGCUUUCUGAAGCAGAGAGGGAAUGAAUUCUUUGAGUACAGCUCCCUUGGACUACUGGUUAAGGUCUACAACCGGGUGAGCGGCUGGAGUAUCCGCUACCGGUACGAUGGUCUGGGUCGUAGGGUCUCAUCCAGGUCCACUCUGGGUCACCAUCUCCAGUUCUUCUAUGCUGACCUGUCCAGUCCCACCCGGGUCACUCACAUGUACAACCACACCAGCUCAGAGAUCUCUUCCCUGUACUACGACCUGCAGGGACACCUGUUCUCCAUGGAGCUCAGUAGUGGGGAUGAGUUUUAUGUAGCGUGUGAUACGAUCGGCACGCCGCAGGCCGUCUUCAGUGGCUCUGGCCUGAUGAUCAAGCAGAUCCUCCACACUGCUUUCGGGGAGGUGUACCUGGACUCCAACCCAAGCUUCCACCUCAUCCUGGGGUACCAGGGGGGUCUGUACGAGCCCCUGAGCCGCCUGGUACACAUGGGCCGGAGGGACUAUGACACCUUGGCCGGGCGAUGGACCACGCCGGACCACGAGGUGUGGAGCAGGCUGAACGCUAACAACAUAGUACCUUUCAACCUGUACAUGUUCAAGAACAACAACCCUCUCAGCAACAGCCUGGAGACCAAGUGUUACAUGACAGAUGUCAACAGUUGGCUGGUGACGUUUGGCUUCCAGCUGUACAACGUUAUACCAGGUUACCGUAAACCCUCUACCGAUACCAUGGAGCCGUCCUACGAGCUAGUCAGAACACAGAUCAACGCUCAGGAGUGGGACAGCACUAAGUCUAUCCUUGGCGUGCAGUGUGAGGUCCAGAGACAGCUGAAGGCCUUCGUAAAGCUGGAACGCUUCGGACAGAUUUAUGGUGCCAGCGCUGCAGGCUGCCCCCAGGCUGCCCCAAAGACCCUGUUCGCCUCUGGAGGAUCCAUCUUCGGCAAGGGCGUGAAGUUCGCCAUCCGCGAAGGUCGCAUCAGCACUGACAUUAUCAGCCUGGCCAAUGAGGACGGUCGACGCAUGGCAGCGGUUCUCAAUGACGCGUUCUACCUGCAGGACCUCCACUUCACCGUCGACGGCACGGACACACAUUACUUCCUCAAGCUGGGGUCCGUGGAGGGCGACCUGUCACUCAUCGGGAUGACCGUAGGACGUCGUACCCUGGAGACAGGCGUCAACGUGACGGUGUCUCAGGUCAACGCCGUGCUGAACGGCAGGACUAGGCGCAUCACGGACAUCCAGCUUCAAUACGGCGCUCUGAACCUCAACACGCGGUACGGUAGUUCCCUGGAUGAGGAGAAGGCCAGGGUGCUGGAGUUAGCCAGGCAGAGAGCUGUAGCCCAGGCCUGGACCAGGGAGCGCCAGAGACUGAGGGAGGGAGAGGAGGGCUCGCGCGCCUGGACGGAGGGAGAGAAGCAACAGCUGCUGGGGUCGGGGAAGGUGGCGGGAUACGACGGGUACUACGUGGUGUCUGUGGACCAGUUCCCGGAGCUGUCGGACAGCGUCAACAACAUUCACUUCAUGAGGCAGAGCGAGAUGGGCCGAAGGUGACAUGAUCAACGACUGGAACCUGUUGAGCCACUGGAGUGAGAGGUGUCUUAAAGGGAACCCUAUUCCCUAUGUAGUGCACUAUUUUUUGACCAGCCCUAUGGAACCCUAAUCCCUAUGUAGUGCACUACUUUUUGACCAGGGCCCCUCAGCCUCUGGGGUAGUUCACUAUAUAGAGGAUAGGGUGCCCUUUUUGUUCAGACGCAGCGUUGGUGGCCACAAAGUAUAACUAAGGACUUGUUGCCAAAGACAGUUACAUACAUAAACACCUUGUCAUUUUCUGCUCCUUUGACGUGUGCUUAACAUGAUACACUGAAUGAACUCAAAAAAACUUGGUGUGGCAGACACCUGGAAGUCAGUUGCUGAACACUGUAUUUUACCGUACAGCUACUUCUCCUUCAGAAAAAGGAGAUUCAUAAGUCUUUGCGGUUCAAGUGUGGCUGCUAGAGAAAGACAUUCUGCCAUAUCUAUUCUGUCUGUGACUUAUUUUUGGCAAUCUGUUUCCCCGUCCCUUGUUGGUGACUGUGUUAAAAGGGACUGUACUGGAGAGGAGAGAGGGAUGUGAGACAAGAGGAGAGAGUGAGAGGGGAUGGAUGGGAGAGGGGAGAGGAGAGAUAGGGAAGGGAGAGGAGAGAGAGGAACGGGAGAGGAGAGGAGAGAGGGACAGGAGAGGAGAUGGAUGGGACGGGAGAGGAGAGGAGAGAGAGGGAUGGGAAAUGAGAGGAGAGAGGGAGAGGAGGAGAGAGGGACGGGAGAUAUGGAGAGGAGGAGAAAGAGGGAUGGGAGAGGAGAGAGAGGGACAGGAGAGGAGAGGAGAGGAAAAGAGAGAGACGGUAGAGGAGAGGAGAGGGAUGGGACGGGAGAGGAGAGUGAGGGACGGGAAAUGAGAGGAGAGAGGGAGAGGAGGAGAGAGGGACGGGCGAGGAGAGAGAGGGACGGGAGAGAUGGAGAGGAGGAGAAAGAGGGAUGGGAGAGGAGAGAGACGGUAGAGGAGAGGAGAGGAGAGGGAUGGGACGGGAGAGGAGAGGAGAGAGAGGGACGGGAAACGAGAGGAGAGAGUGAGAGGAGGAGAGAGGGACGGGAGAGGAGAGGAGAGGGAUGGGACGGGAGAGGAGAGGAGAGAGAGGGACGGGAAACGAGAGGAGAGAGUGAGAGGAGGAGAGAGGGACGGGAGAGGAGAGGAGAGUGGUAAUGCAUUAUUCCACUGGCUCCUCGGUCCACCCUGCUGCCAGAGCAGACUAGAACAGAUUGACUACAACACAUUGUCCAGCUUGCUCCGAUCCGUUCUGGCUUUUUUCUGCGCCUCAGCCAAGGAAAGACCUUCUCUUUUAAAUCACUCUGUUUUUAUACUCGAUCCCCCUGGGCGUCGGCCCUGUCGUCGGCUCUGUCGCAAAAGACAAACAAGGACGUCUGCUCCCUGCUGUCCGUACCCCUCCACCCCCUCCCCUGAUCAAGACCACCCACUGGACUUGUCCAAACACCGUCCUACCUUCCUACCUUGUUUGUGUUGUCUUGUCGUAAUAUUUUAUGUUCAAAGGAAGCUGGGAAAUUCAUCUGUUCUCAUCAACAAACCCUAAAGGAAGGAAGGUUGAGAAUCUGGUGCAGUGUACUCACUGUGCAUGCUGUCUAAAUGCUGUCUGAAUACCUUUCUGUGGACUAGUCUAAUACGAUGGUUGACUCGUCUCCGUGAGUCUUCUGACUCGCACCAGAACAAGUGGAACUCUACUGAAUAUGCAGACGAGAGCGAUAACAUAUUUUGGAUCGUUUGGUUUUGCUUUGAUUUAUAACUUUUGUUUGUCUGUCUGGGAUCAAUGACAUGUUCCUAAAACUGAAGGGGGGGAGAAAAAAAACAGAAUAGGUCUUUCUCUUUCUGCUCUGAUGUCCUAACAGAACAGGUCAAACAUCUCACCUGUCCUAUUUCUGCUCUGAUGUCCUAACAGAACAGGUCAAACAUCCCACCUGUCCUCCUUCUGCUCUGAUGUCCUAACAGAACAGGUCAAACAUCCCAUCUGUCCUCUUUCUGCUCUGGUGUCCUAACAGAACAUCCUACCUGUCCUCUUUCUGCUCUGAUGUCCUAACAGAAAAGGUCAAACAUCCUACCUGUCCUCUUUCUGCUCUGAUGUCCUAACAGAACAGGUCAAACAUUCCACCUGUCCUCUUUCUGCUCUGAUGUCCUAACAGAACAGGUCAAACAUCCCAUAUGUCCUCUUUCUGCUCUGAUGUCCUAACAGAACAGGUCUGUCCUCUUUCUGCUCUGAUGUCCUAACAGAACAGGUCAAACAUCCCAUCUGUCCUCUUUCUGCUCUGAUGUCCUAACAGAACAGGUCAAACAUUCCAUCUGUCCUCUUUCUGCUCUGAUGUCCUAACAGAACAGGUCAAACAUCCCAUCUGUCCUCUUUCUGCUCUGAUGUCCUAACAGAACAGGUCAAACAUUCCACCUGUCCUCUUUCUGCUCUGAUGUCCUAACAGAACAGGUCAAACAUCCUACCUGUCCUCUUUCUGUUCUGAUGUCCUAACAGAACAGGUCUGUCCUCUUUCUGCUCUGAUGUCCUAACAGAACAGGUCAAACAUCCUACCUGUCCUCUUUCUGUUCUGAUGUCCUAACAGAACAGGUCAAACAUCACACCUGUCCUCUUUCUGCUCUGAUGUCCUAACAGAACAGGUCAAACAUCGCAUCUGUCCUCUUUCUGCUCUGAUGUCCUAACAGAACAGGUCUGUCCUCUUUCUGCUCUGAUGUCCUAACAGAACAGGUCUGUCCUCUUUCUGCUCUGAUGUCCUAACAGAACAGGUCAAACAUACCACCUGUCCUCUUUCUGCUCUGAUGUCCUAACAGAACAGGUCAAACAUCUCACCUGUCCUCUUUCUGCUCUGAUGUCCUAACAGAACAGGUCAAACAUCCCAUCUGUCCUCUUUCUGUUCUGAUGUCCUAACAGAACAGGUCAAACAUCUCAUCUGUCCUCUUUCUGCUCUGAUGUCCUAACAGAACAGGUCAAACAUCCCACCUGUCCUCUUUCUGCUCUGAUGUCCUAACAGAACAGGUCAAACAUCCCAUCUGUCCUCUUUCUGCUCUGAUGUCCUAACAGAACAGGUCAAACAUCCCACCUGUCCUCCUUCUGCUCUGAUGUCCUAACAGAACAGGUCAAACAUCCCCCCUGUCCUCUUUCUGCUCUGAUGUCCUAACAGAACAGGUCAAACAUCCCAUCUGUCCUCUUUCUGCUCUGAUGUCCUAACAGAACAGGUCAAACAUUUAAACUGUCCUCUUUCUGCUCUGAUGUCCUAACAGAACAGGUCAAACAUCCUACCUGUCCUCUUUCUGUUCUGAUGUCCUAACAGAACAGGUCAAACAUCCCACCUGUCCUCUUUCUGCUCUGAUGUCCUAACAGAACAGGUCAAACAUCCCAUCUGUCCUCUUUCUGCUCUGAUGUCCUAACAGAACAUCCCACCUGUCCUCUUUCUGCUCUGAUGUCCUAACAGAACAGGUCAAACAUCCCACCUGUCCUCUUUCUGCUCUGAUGUCCUAACAGAACAUCCACCUGUCCUCUUUCUGCUCUGAUGUCCUAACAGAACAGGUGAAACAUCCCCCCUGUCCUCUUUCUGCUCUGAUGUCCUAACAGAACAGGUCAAACAUCCCACCUGUCUUCUUUCUGCUCUGAUGUCCUAACAGAACAGGUCAAACAUCCCACCUGUCCUCUUUCUGCUCUGAUGUCCUAACAGAACAGGUCAAACAUCCACCUGUCCUCUUUCUGCUCUGAUGUCCUAACAGAACAGGUCAAACAUCCCCCCUGUCCUCUUUCUGCUCUGAUGUCCUAACAGAACAGGUCAAACAUCCCACCUGUCCUCUUUCUGCUCUGAUGUCCUAACAGAACAGGUCAAACAUCCCCCCUGUCCUCUUUCUGCUCUGAUGUCCUAACAGAACAGGUCAAACAUCCCACCUGUCCUCUUUCUGCUCUGAUGUCCUAACAGAACAGGUCUGUCCUCUUUCUGCUCUGAUGUCCUAACAGAACAGGUCUGUCCUCUUUCUGCUCUGAUGUCCUAACAGAACAGGUCAAACAUCCAACCUGUCCUCUUUCUGCUCUAAUGUCCUAACAGAACAGGUCAAACAUCCCACCUGGAUUGAUGAACAUACUAUGGAAGAAUCAUUCAAACGUCUGUAUUAAUAAACCACAGAACGGUAUUUUAUAUUACCUUUGGUUUUUGGUAUAUAGCUAUAUAAAAUAACAGUAUAACAAAAUCAUUUGAAAUCAGCAAUGUGAACUAUCGUCCUUUAAUCGCUACUCGUUGUACUUGAACAUAACUUAAGGGAAUAAAGUCAGACUAUGUUUGAAAAAGUGAUUUUUAUUUCACAUUAAUUACUUCUAUUUUUAUUUGAUUUACUGUAGAGGAAUACAACAGUCUAUCAUACAUAAAAAUAGUAUUUUCUUUUAGUAAGGUGUUUUUCCGUUCAGCAGUAUUUCUCAGUGUAUUUCUACCUUGAAAGAACGCUCUGAGGGACGAGAAGGAAAGCUGUUCCUCGUGAGGAGAGAUAUGGAUGAAAAACAUGACAUUACUAAAACAUAUCCUCCAUUUUUACAAAUUCUCCUUUUUAACACGUUGGCUGCUGGGCUGGGCUGGACCGGCUGCUGGGCUGGGCUAGACUGGGCUGGACCGGCUGCUGGGCUGGACCGGCUGCUGGGCUGGGCUGGGCUGGGCUGGACCGGCUGCUGGGCUGGGCUGGACUGGGCUGGACCGGCUGCUGGGCUGGACCAGAUGAGUCCUGUGAUGCAUUGUGGUUGUGUAGAAACAAUCAGAACCCAUAGGGCUUUGGUCACAAGUAGUGCACUAAAUAUAGGGAAUAGGGUUCCAUAGGGCUCUGGUCUAAAGUAGUGCACUAAAUAUAGGGAAUAGGGUGCCAUAGGGCUCUGGUCUUAAGUAGUGCACUAAAUAUAGGGAAUAGGGUUCCAUAGGGCUCUGGUCUUAAGUAGUGCACUAAAUAUAGGGAAUAGGGUGCCAUAGGGCUCUGGUCUAAAGUAGUGCACUAAAUAUAGGGAAUAGGGUGCCAUAGGGUUCUGGUCUAAAGUAGUGCACUAAAUAUAGGGAAUAGGGUGCCAUAGGGCUCUGGUCUAAAGUAGUGCACUAAAUAUAGGGAAUAGGGUGCCAUAGGGCUCUGGUCUAAAGUAGUGCACUAAAUAUAGGGAAUAGGGUGCCAUAGGGCUCUGGUCUAAAGUAGUGCACUAAAUAUCGGGAAUAGGGUGCCAUUUCAGACACCCCACAGAUGUUUUCCCCCCCGAGGACAGCCCCAGGGUUAUAGUGCUGUCAGUACUGAGACCAGAGCUGUUCUGGGUCUUGAGAUGGAUGAACCUCCAGGUGUGUCAGUUCCAGCCUGUAGCUCUUAACAGUCUUCAAGCUCUCAUAUACACAGACACAACCUUGGGUUCAAAAUACUUUUAAAAUACUGCGUCAAGUGCUUGAUUGAGCUGGCGUGUUGCAAAAUAACGAAUUAGGAAAAAUCUCCAAAAUGUUAACCCCGCCCUCCUUGGCACUCUAGACAGGAUAAAGCAAACGCUCAAACGCUCAAAGUAAAUUGAAAGUUGUUCAAGUAGUAUCGGAACCCAGGUGUGCCUUGGAACCGAUCCUUGUGGACAUAAUUAGCUGUCUCAGAUAGCUAGCCGAACUCCCGUGUUCAAGUGCACCUGAAAACACACUUCACAGGGCGAUCCACAUUCACCUGUUAGAAAGCUGUCCUUUCUAGCUAGGAACGAUGUUAUUGAUAAUUAUGUUAUUGAUAAUUAUGUUAUUAAUUAUGUUAUUGAUCUGUUAUUAUGUUAUUGUCGUCUGUUUUGACUCUCGCUCGGUAGGUACACUCUGAUCACACGUCAAGUUGCAGCACUAACUAAUUCUGUCAACUUCCUGCCGUCAAGUUGCAGCACUAAUUAAUUCUGUCAACUUCCUGCCGUCAAGUUGCAGCACAAAGUAAUUCUGUCAACUUCCUGCCGUCAAGUUGCAGCACUAAUUAAUUCUGUCAACUUCCUGGCGUCAAGUUGCAGCACUAAUUAAUUCUGUCAACUUCCUGCCGUCAAGUUGCAGCACAAACUAAUUCUGUCAACUUCCUGGCGUCAAGUUGCAGCACUAAUUAAUUCUGUCAACUUCCUGCCUUCAAGUUGCAGCACUAACUAAUUCUGUCAACUUCCUGGCGUCAAGUUGCAGCACUAAUUAAUUCUGUCAACUUCCUGGCGUCAAGUUGCAGCACUAACUAAUUAUGUCAACUUCCUGCCGUCAAGUUGCAGCACUAAUGAAUUCUGUCAACUUCCUGCCGUCAAGUUGCAGCACUAAUUAAUUCUGUCAACUUCCUGCCGUCAAGUUGCAGCACUAAUUAAUUCUGUCAACUUCCUGGCGUCAAGUUGCAGCACUAAUUAAUUCUGUCAACUUCCUGGCGUCAAGUUGCAGCACUAAUUAAUUCUGUCAACUUCCUGGCGUCAAGUGGCAGCACUAACUAAUUCUGUCAACUGCCUGGCGUCAAGUUGCAGCACUAAUUAAUUCUGUCAACUUCCUGGCGUCAAGUUGCAGCACUAACUAAUUCUGUCAACUUCCUGCCGUCAAGUUGCAGCACUAAUGAAUUCUGUCAACUUCCUGCCGUCAAGUUGCAGCACUAAUUAAUUCUGUCAACUUCCUGCCGUCAAGUUGCAGCACUAACUAAUUCUGUCAACUUCCUGCCGUCAAGUUGCAGCACUAAUGAAUUCUGUCAACUUCCUGGCGUCAAGUUGCAGCACUAAUGAAUUCUGUCAACUUCCUGGCGUCAAGUUGCAGCACUAAUGAAUUCUGUCAACUUCCUGCCGUCAAGUUGCAGCACUAAUGAAUUCUGUCAACUUCCUGCCGUCAAGUUGCAGCACUAAUUAAUUCUGUCAAAUUCCUGCCAUCAAGUUGCAGCACUAAUGAAUUCUGUCAACUUCCUGCCGUCAAUCACCUAGAUUCAGAGAGGAGAAGGAUAAUCAGGUGAUUAACUACUCAAUGUGUCUCAAUGUUGGUCAACAGACAUACUGUAAAAAGUCUUUUUUUUUUCAUUUUUUUUUUUUAUACUGUGACAUUUGUCCAAAAUGAGGACUUUACUGUCCUUUAAAAAAGAGCAUACUUUUGAAUGAAGGAAAAUGUAAUUGUAUUGUGAAAUGCUGCACUGACAACUGUUGAUGACGAGGCGGUGUUUCUCCUUAUGGCUUGUUUGUUUUCUGAUUGUCCGUAGCACUUUUCUUUCUGUAAAUAUGAAAAAGUGACAUAAAGCUGUAAAUAAAAGGCAGCAUGUAGAUUCCGUUUCAACGGCUCCGUCUUUAGGUUCAUAAAAUAAAAUAAAUAUUUUGUGUUUACAAUUUGUUAA